GCCGCUAGCCUUCUUGGUUUCUUUUAUUUUUUCGCGCGUAAAGAAGUUAAAACCCUAAAUUUUCUCUCUCUCCGCGCGCCACCAUCUGCCGCGAAAUUUGAAAUUGAUUUGUGCGGAUUUUGCGCAGUGGCCUGCGCAAUCAGGUAGCUGCAAUUAUCGCUUCACCGGAGCUUCGUGGUGGUUCAAUCUUUGACUCAGACAUGGCAGAUUUUGCAGAUUCGGAAAGUGGGUUGGAGCGAGUGGAAGAAAUCUGCAUGAGGAAGAGAAAGCUCGAAACCCGGCUGCGUGAAGAAGAAGAGGAGAGACUAAGGAGAGAAGCAGCUGAAUGGAGGGCAAAAUUAGGCGAGAUUACUGAAAGGCAGAGGCAAAGAGAGAGGGAACUGGAAGAAUUAGAAAGGCUGCGUGCAGAGGCUCUUUCGAGGAUGAGAAGAUCAACUGAGACUGCAGCAGCUGCUGCUUCACCAUCCUUUAGUAGAGAGGUGUGUGUGCCUAGGUUUCAGCAAUGGGCCGGGAACUGAAGACUCGUCUUAGAACCGAAUGCCUGACUAAGCGGGGACUGUUCCGAAGAAGCUGAUUUUAGUAGCUAACCUCGACGAGUUGUUGUAAGCCGUCAUCUCUACUUUUAAUUUUCUUUCUUUCCCUGAAGUGUUGUCUCACGGAAUAUUCUGAUUGUAACGUUGGAAAUUCAGAAUUUGAGAUAUCUAGUCUUUGUUUAGUGUGGGA